AUGAACGAUAAACAUAAUCCUUUCGUCAGAGUUGGUUCAAUGCUUUAUGUCAUGUCUAUUCAUAUCUAUCGUCAUGGCUGUCAGCUGUGUUCUCACUGCCGUUUACAGGACCAGUGCGCAGCGCAAUGUUCGCUUUCAUGUCCGCGAGCUUCGUCUUCCGUCUUCCGAUACAUUUGCAUCAGCUCCAAGCGGUCUCUGAUGUCCUCUGCGGUCUCGCCGAGAAGAGCAGUACCACAAGCUAGAAUCAUGUUUGUAUCAGCGAGCAUCGCAGUACGUAGUACUCUCGCGUCCGCCUUGAUUUCCAUAGAAGCGGCUAUUCUCUUGUCAAUUGCCGUUCGCUGCUGCUGUUGCAGCUGA